AUGCUAAGUGCAAAUGUUCACCUUAAACUAUUGACUAUUUUUACAGACAUAUCUGAUCUGAAAAAUAAUUUGGGCAUUAGUUCUAUUGAAGAUCCAAACAAAUCAACAUUUGYCGACAUUAAAUUAUGCGUCAAAUCAAAAUUCAAAUUUUCAAUGAAAGUUUCUUCCUCUCAUUAUUUAUUAUUUUCAACUGAUAAUUUAAUGUAUAUUAAACAAAAUGGUAAGAUGCGUCAUCUUGAAAGCAAAAGUUUUAAAGUUGCUGUCGAUCAGUAUAACAUAUUUUCUAUAAAAGGUUUUAAAAUGUUGAAAACAAAUUUUAGUAAGGAAGUGCAAGCUGAGAGACAAAAUUCUGAAGGGUUAAUAACUGAAGCAAACAAUAUUUGGGAUGUGACUAUUGAAAACUUAAAAAUGGUAUUUCCUUAUGGUUUCGAGUUUUACAGUAUUUUUCAAGGUGAAUUCAUUAGUAUUGUUAAAUGGUUAAAAUUAAUCCACGAAAAACCACUUCCUAGUGAUUUAGUUCUAAAAGUUCAAGAAUUCAUUUUUGAAUUGAGUGAUGAUGAUUUUGAAGUAAAGCUCAGAGAUAACUAUGAACUACUUGAAGAUGAAUACAAAGAAAGUUUAAAACGUCAGAAAAUGCUUGAAACUAAAGUGUCUGAAGUGGUCAAAGAUCGUUUACCACCAGCUAUUAAUUUACAGACACGAUUAAUUCUGCAGAGGGAUGGUCCGCCAUUUUCCCGUGAAACGCUAURGCUCCGCCCAAAUGGGGUGAGCUCUAAACGCAAAGGGACGAGCGUAGAUUUUUAA